ACUUACUUAGAUUUGGGAAUUUUUAAGUUUCAUGAUUUAUUAGAGUUUAGCUAUGGUUGCAGAAUAGCUAUAGAUUGGUUGAUUAUUACCAGUGCUGACCCGUCGAGGUUUAUUAAGUAGCAGUACUGUAAUGUCUUGAAAAGUAAUCAUUUAAACCUAGUAAUGAUUCUCUUCUUAUUUACACUUUAUCUGUGACUGUUUUGGGUUUCCUUUUUUCGAGGUCGAUUUUCUUCCUUCAACCUCUCAAGUUUCUAGAUGAUCUCAAAAUUAUAAAAGAUUAAAAGAUGCAUGGAGUUUUCAAUGUUUUAACUUGAUCCAUUCUUCAUUUCGUGGCUUUAUGAGGAAAAAAGGAGGAAAAAAAAGAUAACUACUGAUGUGGGAUAAAUAAGAAAGAUUUACAAACACAAACAUCUGCGUGUUGCUAGCAAUGUAUGGCCAGUCAUGUAUGGAAACCGCUUCUACUCCUUGCAUGGUUUUAGCCUUUGGAUUCCGGAGGGAUGUGAGCAAGAGGUUCGUGAAGCUGAAAAAGGUCCUUCUGAUGAGUUUAAGAAUGAAUGCAUCAUGCGUUUGUCGUGGGCUCUUGUUCACUCAAGACAGACAGAAGAUGUACAUAGAGGCAUAGCUAUGCUUGAGUCUUCACUGGGCAGCACUACCAGCCCUUUGAAACUGAGAGAGAAGCUUUAUCUUCUAGCUGUGGGUUAUUAUAGAAGUGGUGACUAUUCAAGAAGUAGGGAGCUGGUGGAAGACUGUUUGAAGAUUGAGCCCGAAUGGAGACAGGCACAAUCCCUCAAGAAAGCAAUUGAAGACCGGAUCAAGAAAGAUGGUGUGAUAGGCAUAGGAAUUGCUGCUACUGCUGUUGGCCUGGUUGCUGGUGGGAUUGCUGCAGCAUUUGCACGUAGGAAUUGAUGCGACCUUUGAUAAUCACAGAUAUGCACGAGGAAUACACUUGAUGACGUACUUGGUGCAGAAACCAAAACUAAAUUGUGGUUUAAUACAUGCUUACUUGUUCCUUUCGUUACAUGAAAGAACUUAAGAGGUUGUCUUUUUUAUAACACAAUUUUCUUGUAAGAUAGUUACCAUUAACGUGUAUGCUUUCGGAUUUAUCUGAGAAUUGCUCCCUCGUUCUUCA